GUGAAUGCAAGAAAAAUGGGAAAAGGUGUUUGUGAUAUUUGUUUCUCCCUAGCCAUACACGUACCCAAGCCCCAAAAGUCUUCUUGCUUUUCUGAUUUUCUUGGCUGCUUCUGAAGUCCAGCAGCUGCUUUUCUUCUUUCUCUAUUUCCCCUUUCUUUGUUCUUCUUUCUUCUUCCUUCCUUACACGGCAACAUCUCUCCCUUCCUUUCUCACCAAAAAUUCUAGUUUCUUUGAAGAAGAAAUUAGACAAUUAACCCUAAGAUUUUAUCUUCAAAGUGUGUGGGUAAGUGGCGAGAACGAGAACACGGACACCUGAGCUCCUCGUGUACAAUCUCUCGCGCCAUCUGUUUUCAGCUCACCCUAUUAUAUUUCAGUGCACAGGUUCUUCCUGGAAGCAGCGAGAGUAUUAGAGGUGGCAAGGAUUCUGUGUUUUCUCGUUUUGUUAGAAUGUAGAGUUUUGUUGUAUAGCAGUUAGCUCUUUUGUUGUACAGAAGGAAUCAAGUUGUACUUGAUCCUUUGAGCACAGAUGUAAUUCGGUACUGUAGUUUGUUUUGAACCCCAGUUGUAUGUCUUUGGGGUUAGGUUUGUAAUAAGAGUUUUGCUAAACGUUUAGCUAUGUAAAUUUUUACUUGAAUACCUUAAGUUUCAGACAGGUGGUAUUUGUUUCCAAGUUUGAAGGAAAUGAAAUGUCAGGGUUGCCAUCAUUUUUGUAUAUAUUGGCUUUUAUGCAAGACAAUAAGCAGGAAUUCAAGAAACAAUUCUUGAUAUGUACCUUCAGUUUAGGUUGGUUCGUGUUAAUAUUGAGGUAAACUUGAUAUUAACAUGCCGGUCAUGCUCUAAACUCUGAAAUACAGGUUUGGGUCGUGACAGUUGUGGUAUCAGAGCAUAGGUUAUGAUUUUGUAGACUUUUAGAUAGAUGUAAGUGUUGUUAGAAGUCAGAAAGGGUAGCUUGGGUAGAUUAGUAAAUGCAUAUCUCUUCGGAGACAUUUAAAUUUUGUUUUGUGAAUUCUUUUGUGCUCUAUGUUUGUAUGAUUGCAUGCCUAAUUUACCACACAUACAUGUUGAGUUUAAAUUAUAAUGUUCAUGAUUAUGAAUAUGUUAAUAAUAAAAAUGGUAUCCUAGCAUGUAUGAUGUCGUUUCUUAAUAGGAUGCAAGCUUCAGAUAUAAGUAAUGUGUGCAACCAAGUGUUGGAGGAGAUUGCCCAAAGGGCAGCUAAUAUCCAUCCUCCAGCUGGAGCUAGCCAAGGUUCUACCCAAGAGGCUUUUCUUAAGCAAAGGCCUCCUUCUUUUAGUGGGACUACAAAUCCAUUAGAAGCUGAAAGCUGGGUUUUUAAAAUGGAAAAGAUCUUUAAAUUCCUUGGAUGCACAAAUUCUCAGAAGGUGAAUUAUGCUACAUACAUGUUUGAAGGUCCUGCUGAAAUAUGGUGGAAGUCAGCAGAGAGACUUCUCUUGGAAGGAAAGGAUGAUAAUGCUCAGAUUAGUUGGGCAGAGUUUGUGAAGAAAUUUUAUGAGAAAUAUUUUACAGAACGCUUUAGAGAUAAACAAGCUGAAAAUUUCAAUGAACUGGUCCAAGGGAGUAUGGGGGUUGCUCAAUAUGAAGCAAAGUUUGCUGAGUUGUCUCGUUUUGCUCCUCACCUUGUUUCUACUGAGGCUUUAAGGGUUAAGAAGUUUCGCAAAGGGCUGAAUUUCAAAAUCAAACAACGUUUAACUACUUCUCGAGUUGAGGACUACAAGACUUUGGUUACACUUGCUGAAGUUGUAGAAGAAGACAUUCAAGAAUCUAAUAAAAUGAAAGCAGUAAUGGAACAAGAUAAAGGUAAGACAGUGAAAUUUAAUCAGCCCUGGAAAGGAAAAUCUUCCCAUAACUCCUCUAAGAAGAACACCACUAAGUACCCGCCAAGAGCUGUACAAAAAUGUGCCCAUUGCGGAAGGCCUCAUUUUGGGGAGUGCCGUGCUGCCAACAAUACAUGUUUUCGUUGUGGCAAACCUGGGCAUUUUAUUAGGGAUUGCCCAAAUAAUCCUAGCAAGGGAAACUCCAAUGCUGGAAGUGGACAAAAGAGGCCAAUGGUCUAGG